UCACCUUUCCCCCUCGUAGGAAGCCACGCCCCCUUGUGUGAGGCCAUACCCUCGAGUGAGUGUAGUAGACCAUUUACUGUGGACUGGAACUGGGGGAGGAGGAGGAACCUUUGAAUUCACUAGAACCAUUAAAAACCAUGGACCAGACCUUGAUGAUCCCUGCGGCGGUGGCUAUGGCUGUGAUCGUGGCAACAGUCCUGUACUUCUUCCUGCAGGGAGAGAAGAAGCUGCCCGUCACUCUCCAGGAUCCCACUGUGAAAUAUCCACUUCCUCUCAUCCACAAACAGGAAAUCAGUCAUGACACAAAGAAAUUUCGGUUUGGCCUUCCGUCUGCUCUUCACAUCCUUGGACUACCAGUUGGUCAGCAUGUGUACCUGUCAGCCAAGGUGAAUGGCAGUCUGGUGGUCAGGGCGUACACUCCAGUCUCCAGCGAUGAGGACCAAGGAUACGUCGACCUCGUGGUUAAGGUUUACUACAAGAACAGCCACCCGUCCUUCCCAGACGGAGGGAAGUUGUCCCAGUACCUGGACAACCUGGCCCUUGGGGACACCAUUGACUUCAGAGGACCCAACGGUCUCUUGGUGUACAAUGGCAACGGCCAGUUUUCCAUCCGACCCGACAAGAAGUCAGAGCCUAAGGUCCGGAAGUUUAAGCACGUUGGGAUGAUCGCUGGUGGAACAGGCAUCACUCCCAUGCUGCAGUUAAUUCGCAGGAUCACGUCGGACCCCGCUGACGACACCAAGUGCUCGCUGAUAUUCGCCAACCAGACGGAGAAAGAUAUCUUACUGAGGGAGGAACUGGAGGAGGUGAAGAAGAACCACCCUGACAAAGUGAAACUGUGGUUCACGCUGGAUAAACCUCCACAGAAGUGGAGCUACGGUUCAGGAUUCGUGACCCAUGACAUGAUAAAGGACCACCUCCCCGCUCCGUCCAAAGACGUCCUUGUCGUCCUCUGUGGCCCUCCGCCCAUGAUCCAGUACGCCUGUCUGCCAAAUCUGGACAAACUGGGACACAAAACAGAAAACAUCUUUGCGUACUAGCGCUUUUGAACCACAAAAUCAAAAAUCUGAGAAAAAAUGCUCUUUUUCUAUCCACGUGUGUCAUUGUCUGUAGCAUUUGUGGCCAUCAAUAUCAACAAGGAACGUCGCUGUGAACAUUUCUGUUGACAUCAUUUGUGAAAUAAAAAUGUAAAUCCUCA